UCUCUAUUAAUAAUUUCAAAUCAUUUUCAACGAGGAAACAGGACCAUUUUGAUAACCUCAUCCAAAGAUAAACCCAAAUGGAUCUCAAGUGUUUCUUAUGGACGCUCGACGUCUCGACGUGCAUCAGUACGCUUCCAAACAGUUUUCAGCAAAUGAAUGCAAUGUAUGUGAGCAUUAUAGUGACCGUUUCGAUCCUGAUAUUUCUCUGGGUUUAUCUCCUGAUAGUGCUGAAAAGUAAUUUGUUUCCUAAUACUUCUAUCGAACUGAAUAUAAUAGACUCCAAAAAUAUCGUGGCUAAUCACGUAUUUGACCACAGUUUGAACAGUUCCGAAAAAGAUGUUUCGGAAAAGAAGAGGAAGUUUCAUGUUCCAAAAUUUAUGCUGGAGUUAUAUGAAAGGAAUAAAAUUGGCGGAGAAAGUAAAGAAAGGCCAGAUGUGGUGAGAAGUUUAAUUCCAACACACGGAGGAGAAAUAGAAACAAUCGAUAACAACGAAGUAUAUGAUGAGCCUGCCGAUUGUCAUUUUUUAAUUUUUGACAUUCCUACAAUAACUGAGGAUGAACAUUUCCUCAGCGCAGAGUUGAAAAUUCUUACAUUAUUAGAUGUUGAAACAAGAAAUAAUAUUGGAGUAAGACGAAUUUUAAAAAUAUCUAUUUAUGACGAUACCAUCAAGCGAUUUCUGGAUUUUCAAGAAAUACAGCUCCAUCACCUCAACAACUCUUGGGUGUCCUUCGAUGUUACAGCUCCAGUGAACAACCUUCUGCACACAACAUCAAAGAGCAAAAUUUUGAAAAUUUCUAUAACUAUUUCUUCUUUCCUAUCAAGAGUUGGUGGUAGUUUCAAACUCUCCCUAAUGCCACCGAAAGAGGAUUUCGAACAUGAUUAUCCAAUUUUACUGUUGUCCUAUUCUUCUGACAAAGAGAAGGCCGAUAAAGUUAAAGAUAACAAACAAAACGUGAGGCUGGAACACAAAAGAAAGAAACGCAGCUUGGAAGACGAUUACGAAGAGGAAACUAACAGAAUAUGGGACGAUGAUGCUUCCAGCAGAAAAAUUCAAAUGAGAAAAAUGAAGAAACUCAGGAACUCGUGUAAAAGGAAACCACUUUACAUAGACUUUGCCGAAAUCAAAUAUGAUAUGUGGAUAGUGCAACCAAGUGGUUAUGAGGCCUACCAAUGCCAAGGAAGAUGUUUCUAUCCUGUAGCAGAUCAUCUCAACCCAACGAAGCAUGCCAUCCUACAGACACUUCUUCACAGUGUGGCACCUUCGAAAGUUUCCAGAUCUUGCUGUGUACCGACGGUAUUGGAUUCAAUUUCGGUUUUGUAUGUAGACACUAAUGGAGUUCUCACUUAUCGAUAUUCGUAUAAAGAUAUGGUAGUAGCCGAGUGUGGAUGCAGGUGAAACAAUGGAAUGUGUCAUAUGAAAUCCGUAUAUUGGUGCAAUUGGUAAAUAAAAAACAGAUGCAUGGGAAAAGUUACGAUUGAAUUCGUUUGAUAUUCAUAUCUGUCUGGACAAAGGCAGUAAGAUUUAGCUAAUCUAUGGUAAAUAAAAACAUAAAUAAGAACAUUUUUUAUGUGAAAUUUCUUUCGGAAUAUAAUAUUACGUGGAAAUAAUGUCAAAUAUCAUUGAUUUUACAAGUAGGUCUUUAUUUGAAAAAUAUAUCAUAGCAUGUUUCGCUAGCACAGUAGCUUAGUCAAGUGAUUUAAUUAAUCAUUGUUGUAGAUUUAUUCUCGAGAAUGUAGUGAACUCAUGGAUACAUAUUUUUGCUGUCAAUCAAAAAUAUGUUAAUCAACAAAUAAAAUUGUUAGAUAAUUAA